AGCGCGGAGCGGAGGCCGAGGCGAGAGCCUGGCGCUGUAGGACCAGAACGAAAGGAGUGAGGCGCCGAGAGCACAGAUAUCCUUUUGGCGUGAGAGCUGGCGGUUGGCAAGGCCGCGGCAGUGGGAAGCGUCCGCCAUGUUCUGCGAAAAAGCCAUGGAACUGAUCCGCGAGCUGCACCGCGCGCCAGAAGGGCAGCUGCCUGCCUUCAACGAGGAUGGACUCAGACAAGUUCUGGAGGAGAUGAAAGCUUUGUAUGAACAAAACCAGUCCGAUGUGAAUGAAGCAAAGUCAGGUGGACGAAGUGAUUUGAUACCAACUAUCAAAUUUCGACACUGUUCUCUGUUAAGAAAUCGACGCUGCACUGUAGCAUACCUGUAUGACCGCUUGCUUCGGAUCAGAGCACUCAGAUGGGAAUAUGGUAGCGUCUUGCCAAAUGCAUUACGAUUUCACAUGGCUGCUGAAGAAAUGGAGUGGUUUAAUAAUUAUAAAAGAUCUCUUGCUACUUAUAUGAGGUCACUGGGAGGAGAUGAAGGUUUGGACAUUACACAGGAUAUGAAACCACCAAAAAGCCUAUAUAUUGAAGUCCGAUGUCUAAAAGACUAUGGAGAAUUCGAAGUUGAUGAUGGCACUUCAGUCCUAUUAAAAAAAAAUAGCCAGCACUUUUUACCUCGAUGGAAAUGUGAGCAGCUGAUCAGACAAGGAGUCCUGGAGCACAUCCUGUCGUGACCAUGCACCGAGGCACUUCCAGGCUUCACUCAACUCAUGGACUCCUCUGUACUCACUCUCUCCACCCUCCCUUCACCUCCCUCUGAUUUUAGAAGCUAUAGACAUUGUUUAAGAUAACUAAGAAUACUUGGCUAAGAAGUAUAAUUUGCUAACUCUUAAAGACUUUCUUUUUUUAAUGUUGUACACUAUUCUUACUCCUUUUUGGUUUUGGUUUUGUUUUGUAGAG